AGCUAACGAUGAACAGUCUAGAAUAUUAUUGUUUGUCAAGUAAAACUGGUGCUGUUGAAGAGAAUCCACUGAAAGCUCUUCCAUCUAAAUGGGAUGCAUGGAAUGAAUUGGUUGAUCGAUUACCGGAGCUAUCAAAAAAUAAGACUUUGAGAAAAGAAAUAGAAUCAUUACCACUUUUAGAUCUGGAUGGUCUUAAAAGUCACAAGGAAUUGAGAUUAGCGCAUAAAAUUCUCUCCUUCUUAUCUUCUGUUUAUGUAUGGCAAGACGGUGAAGGCGGUGAAACGGAAUCAUUACCAGUACAAAUUGCCAAACCCCUACUACAAGUUUCUCAUAUACUUGGUGUACAGCCUAUACUGACAAAUGAAGAUCUAGUUUUAUCGAAUUGUUUUCUUUCAACUUUACCAAAAGAAGAACAAGAUUUAAGUUUCUUACAAUCUAUACACAUUCCUACAUAUCACCGAAGUUGGGAAACAUUUAUUACUCUGAGUGGCGAAUGUGAAAUAUUCUUUGCGCCUAUAUUAUUGGAAAUCAUGAAUGCUAUGGAAGCGCAGGAUCCACUGAAUGAAAGUAUCAUCAUACAGUGCUUAGAAAAUAUAGCUAAAUUAUUCGUACCAUUUAGAAACUCACUGAAGAACUUUUAUGGUAAACUGAAUUCAGAAGAAUUCUAUGUUGAUUUAAGACCUAUCUUGUGUGGAUGGUCCCAUGGAAAACUUAAAGAAAAGGGUUUAAUUUACGAGACAAAUACACUACAAGAAAAUAAUAAUAUCGAGAAAACUAUAUCAAUUUGUCCAUUCUCCGGCCAGAAGUAUACGAACAACGUCGAACAGCGUAAAUGUAUUGGAGCAAGUGCAGCACAGUCAAUAACAAUUCAGACAUGUGAUGCAUUUUUUCAGAUAAAACAUGAUCCUGAGGAUGAAAAAUUCUUCCGUAAUAUGCAAACAUACAUGAUAAAAGAACAUAGACAAUUUCUUGAAGAUCUAGCAGUGCACAGUAGAAUUCGUUCUAUAACUGCUGAAAGCAAGUCUUCUCGAAUGAAAACAGCUUACAAUCAAUGUUUACAGUCACUGUGGAAUUUUCGAAAUGCUCACAUAUCAUUAGUUAAGAGAUUUAUUAUACAACCAUCACAAAAUGCAGAGGCUAAAAUAAAGCAACUUGAUGUAAAAGGAACGGGUGGUCAAUGUUUAAAUGUCUUCCUUCAACGUGUUCGAGAUGCAACACUUUCAGCAUCGUUUGAUUAAUUAUUUGUUUAAAAUCAUGUCAGUUUAUGCAAGACAGUGAAUUUUCUGUUUGUUUUAUGAAAAUAUUCAAUAAAAUAUA